UGCCGCUUCUCCUCUCACCACCACCCUCACGCAGCCAGCCAUGCCGGAGCACAAGCCGUCGCGCAAGUCCAUCCUCGGCUCCAUGAGCAGCGGCCUCGGCGGCAGCAGUGGCAGCCGCAACGCCAGCGGCGCCGCUGCCGGUGGCAGCAGCAUUCGGUCCGCCUCGUCGGCCGCCGCCGCUCCCCGCCUCACCGCCGAGCUGGCCGCCAGCAGCCGCAGUCGCGAGCCCAGCGACGCCGGCACCGACGCACAGUACAGGAACCACGCUGCUCAGCCAUCUGCAGCCGCAUCGUCUGAGCUCGAGCGGCCCGAGGGCGAAGAGGAUCUCGAGGUGCCGGACUACGAGGAGGAGAUUGAAGAUGACGAGGACGUAUCGCCCAGCAACGGCGGACCCACCAAGGACGCAGCUGCGCUCAUCGACGAGGAGCAGCGUGCGGCAGACCAGCGUGCUGCGUCGGAGCAGAAAGCCGCACAAGAGACUCGUGCCAGGCGUGCCGGCCGCGUGCGACGUCUCACGUCUGAGCAGCGCCACUACCUGCUCAAGGCGCUCGUCUCGCUGCAGAUGCAAGCCGAGUGGAGCGAGCUGGAGAAGCUCGGCGCCCUCACGCAGUACGGCUAUCCUUUUGCCCUCGAGCGACCGCAGCUGAAGCGCGUCAAGAACGACCUGGACAUGGACUCCGAGUUCGCAAAGGGCGAGUUUGCCGCCGGCGCCGACGAUCCCUACGCCGACGAGGACGCGGCGCGGCGUGCCGAGAAGCUCGCGGAGCCGCUGAUUCUGCGACACAUGUUCCAGGUGCACCUGCGUCCCUUUCCGGGACUCGACGAGGCGCCGCUCAAGUACUGGCAGAAGCGCAUCCAGCCGUACUUUGACGAGACGGCGGCGCGCAACUUCUCGACGUCGAUGGAGCGCGGCGAGAUCACGAGUCGGCGCUUCUAUACGCUCGCAUUCACGCGCUACCUCGGCGGCUUCUUUGCACGUGGCUUUGGCGUGCGCGGCGAGGGCGAGCUGCGCGGACCUGGACGCGGCGAGCUGGGCUCGGAGAAGUGGGGCGUGGGCAAGCAGUGGGGCAAGGGCACCGUGAAGCGCGGCCUCGACAAGCCGGCGCGCAUCGACGACAAGCUCAUGGCGCGCAUUGAUGCGCUCUUCGAGGGCGAGGAAGGCAAAGUGUGGCGUCUGGCGGGCAAGGAGACGGCGCGUGUGCGCAAGGACUGGCAGGCGUUCAAGGAGAUGAACAUCGAGACGGAGACGGGCCUCGAGGACACGAUGGCCUACCUGCAGGUCAGCAACAUCAAGAACCUGCCGCCGCGCUUCCGCAACGCCGAGGAGUGGGCUCGCAUGCAUGCGGCAUACAUCUUCCACACGCUCUUCGUCACGUCGCCGGCCGCCGACAGCAUCUUCGACGUCGUCAAGGGCGUGCACACGCUCUUCCCAUACUGGGGCGCCCGUCAGCUGCUGCGCGUUGCCAAUGCACAGACGAUGAUCCAGGGCAUCCUCUCGUUGCUGCUGGCGCGGCCCGCGGGAAGCAAGUCGCUGGUGCAGCGCAUCUUCACCUACGUGCUCGGCAAGGAGGCCUCGGCGAUUGGCAAGGACUACAUUGUGCCGCUGCGCAAGAUGAUCGAUGAUGCAGAGCUCACAAAGAAGAUCGAGGAGUACGUCAAGCGCGCCAGUCGGCCCGAAGGCCGUGCCAUUCGCUCGCGCGCUGAGCGCACGGGCGAGGAUGUGCUCACGACCAUCCUGCUCUACUCGAGCGGCUCGCAGCUCAGCCAGUCGAAGCAGCAGCACGUGCUCGAGAUGCAGCGCGCCUUUGCGGCGUCGCCGUACCUCACCAACCUCAACCUCGCCUACCCGCCCAAGUCGCCCAUGGGCAAGCUGCACGCCGGCGAGCCGAGCAACUGGAACGCCUCGUCCACCGUCGCUGCCGACGCGCGCAAGUUCGCCCAGCUGCGCCUGCACCUCCGCGAGUGCCUCAAGAAGCGUGACCGCGAGCAGACGGUGGCCAUGGCCAGCGGCGCGCUCAUCCCGUCGAUCUUGAAGGACUCGCUCGAGGUGGUGUUCUACCAGACGAUCCGGCAGGUGGCCGAGGUGGCAGACCUCGCCGCGCGCCUCGGCGAUCUGCAGAACUUCAUCGACGACCUCAUCAAGAUGAAAAAGAAGAAGGACGACUCCCUGCAGGCCUACAUUGCGCUGUGUGCGCGCCACGAGAACAGCCUGUACAUGCUCUUCAGCGAGUGCCACACGAUCGCAGAGCCGUUCACGCGCUGGCUGCAGGCUGGCGCCGACUACAUGGCCAUGGGCACGACGGAUCCGUACCACCCGGCCAACCGCAAGGCCAAGAAGAUCGAAGUCGACCUCGAGGAGCUGCUGCAGGACGACAGCCUGACGAACGCAGACGUCGAUGCCGUACUCAAGGAGACGGACCGCCUGGCGGAGUAUGUCCGCUGGCAGAAGGUCUGGUACGAGCUGGAGAUGCGCAAGAACUUCCUGCUCGCGCGGCCCGACGCGGCGCCCGCCAGCGGCCUGACGGAGGACGACAUUCCCAAGGGCCCGAUGCGGCAAGAGAUACAGGAGCUCGACUCGCUCAUGCGCAUCCUGCUCGAGCAGGAAGGCAUGCCCGUCGAGGACGGCACGGUGCGCACCGAGGCGCGCGGCAGCGAGAUGGCCGAGUUUCCCUGGGCCUACUUCUCGUCGCUCGAUCCGCUGCACCAGCAUCUGCGUCCCGAGGGCGGACAGGAGCCGCAGCUGUUCUUCGAGCCGAAGAUGGCCUCGGCUCCCGUGCCGGAGUUUGCAGCACUGCGCAAGGUCAUGCCGGCCUUCCAGCAUGCGCUGCGCGAAUGCCUGCCGCGCUGGCGCGAGGGAGACGCACGCGGUCCGCCCAAGGAUGCAGGCCUCACUGCCAGCGCUGCGGCGCCCAAGGACUCGGCGCCGCCGUCCAUUGCCGAGAAAAAGGCGCCCGAGCCGAAGAAGGGCGGCCUCGGCGGCCUGUUCCGCAAGAAGUAGGCGCUGCGCCCAGCCGCUCCCUUGCGCGCUCUGCUCCCUGCCUCUGCUCUGUUCCCUGUGCCGCACACUUGCUCCUGCGGCCAUACCCUUGCUCUCGCAACUGCAACUAUCUAUUCGGCG